AUUCACAUACUGAAUAAACUAAUAAACAUAUUUUUAAUUUUUUUUGUCAAGCUUCUUGCUGGCGUGCAGGCUAUGGAGAGUUGAUAAAUGCGUCGGUUUUCUUCUAUUUUUCUCGAUCAAAGUUCAUCAAGUUUCGUUUUCCUGCAAAUUCGUAGGCUUUUGAUCUCCACUUCCUCGAAACCCAGGAAAAAUGUGCUUUCGUUUGAUCUUUUGAGGUGGGAUUUGUUAUAGUAGGCUUUCGGGUAUGUUAGUUUGUUCGAUACAGAGUUUGGGUUUUAUGUUAGUUUGUUCGAUACAGAGUUUGGGUUUGAAGAACUUUGAAUGAUAGAGGAGUUUGUGGCGUGCUGCAUGCAUGUAUGCAUUUAUUCUUGAAAAGAAAUGUAUUUGGUAAUUUCAUACAAUUUUAAGAGAAGUAGAGAACUAUUUAUUUUUGUUGCAUAUAUUGUUACAUAUACAAGAAAGAUGUUUUCGGAUAAUUUCGACUGAAGGGAAUUGAAACGAAUAGCUUAGUCUAAUUUCAGGCUCUAAAUUUUGGUGCUGACUUGUGAAGCUCCAGAUAUGUGGCCAGGUGGUUUCCUUGUCGACUUAAGGACUGAUAUAGUCAUUUCCCUAUGGAUAUUUGUUUGAGAAUUUGGAGGAAAAAGUUGCUUUAAGUAAUUACAUGGGAAUUCAGACAAUGGGGUCUCAAGGUGAUAGUGUUGGUAAUGGCAAACAGCUGCAGUUUCUGCAGUUGGCUCAGCAAAAUUCAAUGUAUAGUCUCACGUUGGAUGAGGUGCAAAAUCAGUUGGGUGACUUGGGAAAGCCUCUGAGUAGCAUGAACCUAGACGAGCUUCUCAAGAAUGUAUGGAUUUUGGAGGCUAACCAGACUUUCGGGAUGGAAACCGAAGGCACACCAUUGACCAAUCAAACUUCUCUGCAGCGUCAAGCUAGUUUGUCAGUAACCGGUGCUUUGAGCAAGAAGACAGUUGAUGAAGUUUGGAGAGAUAUUCAACAAAGCAAAAAUAAUGGGGGGGGAAAAUCCAGAGAAAGGCAGCCUACCCUUGGAGAAAUGACAUUGGAGGAUUUUCUUGUGAAAGCUGGAGUUGUUGCCGAAGUAUCAAUAGAUGGUAAUGUUGGUGAUUCUGUAGGUGAGGUAGAUAUGAGUUUUGCUCCCCGGUUUGCAUCGCAAGGACAGUGGAUGCAGUACCCACAGCUUCAAUAUCACCAUCCUCAACAAAGUAUGAUGGGGGUUUAUGUGCCACACCAGUCUAUGCCGCAGCCUUUAGCCUUAGGGGCUGCUGCUGUAAUGGAUGUCUCCUACCCAGAGAACCAGGUGCCGUUGCAUUUGCCUUUGAUGGGAACAUUAUCAGAUACACAGGCAUCUGGAAGGAAAAGAGGUGCUCCUGAGGACAUGGUUGAAAAAAAUGUUGAAAGGAGACAGAAGAGGAUGAUAAAGAACAGGGAAUCUGCAGCACGUUCACGAGCAAGGAAGCAGGCUUAUACUAAUGAACUGGAGAACAAAGUUUCACGCCUAGAAGAGGAAAAUGAGAGGCUGAGAAAACAGAAGGUGCUGGAGAAGAUGCUGCAGUCCGCACCACCUCCCGAGCCAAAAUAUCAGCUUCGUAGAACAUCAUCAGCCUCGUUCUAACACUCCGUGGAAGCGUGUGAAAGUUUUGCAUAAACGACCAAGCUCACAGCUUCGAUUUCUGGUUUCAAUUGAAGCAUAAGUCGAUGCAUCUUCUGGAUGCAGCCGUUGUUUCAUAUGCUGGUAAUGGUUGCUUCACUUGUAAGAGUUCUUUUAUUCAUGUAUUUGCGUUUUCACUAUGAAAUCAAUUCAACCUUCAAGGCUUGUGCCUAAAUGUAGUUUCG